AAAAAAAAAAAAAGAGAGAGAGAGAGAGAGAGAAAGAGCGAGAGAUCGAAGCAAAGCAAAUGAGAAAUUCUUGAGAUUUUUGAGAGAGGUUUUAGUUUUUUUGAUUCUGUUUUUCCUCCAUUCUCACAAAACCACCUUUUCUGCCUUAUAAAUUGGUGCAACGAAGUGGCAGUUUCAUCAUCAUUUCAUCUCUGCAAUCUCCCCAGCAUUCACGUGUUCUUUCCUUCUUUCUUUUUUUUCUUUUCUUUUUUCUUCCUUCCUUUUUCUUCUUCUUCUCCACCACCUCUGUUUUCUUCCCAUUUCCAUACCUCCAUUAACAACUCUACUCAAACCCAUUAAGCUCCCUUCCUCCAUUAAAACUUAAGGGCUUCUUCAUAACUCAGCUUUAAUUGAAGGGUAACUCUGUUUUUCACUCAUUAAGAUCAUAAUGGAAGGAAAAAAGCAUGUGGGUCUUGGAUCCUCUUCUUCUUCUCUCACUACUGACCUCUUCGGCUCCAAUGAAACUUCCUACUCUUCCACCACUGGGAUUUUUGGCUCUAUUUUUGCUCCUUCUUCCAAGGUGUUAGGGAGAGAAUCUCUGCUCUCUCAGACCAAAGAGAGAGAAAGGAAUUCUGUAAAUGAGCCAUGGAACCCCAACGCCGAAGCUCAAGAUGAUAAUGCUAAUCAUACACAAAAGGAGAGUCAGGAGAUGAAGAACAAAGAUAUGAGUUCCAUUUAUCAGGAUCAAAGUGCACAACCAUGUCAUCUUAGCUCAUCAAUCUAUUAUGGGGGCCAAGAUGUUUAUACUCAUCCUCAGAAUUCAUACAAUUCCGGGGCGAACUCUGCUUACAAGAAGGAAGGGGGAGAAGAUGAUUCUGGGAGUGCUUCAAGAGGAAAUUGGUGGCAAGGAUCUCUCUAUUAUUAGUACUAGAUCGCAUGCCAAGGGUUUAUAUAUAUAAUUAUUAAGGUACAUAGUAUCAUAGAGCUGCAGCACUACUUCUACUUCACUUCUUAUUGUAUGAAGGUAGAUCAUAGCGAGAUCGUUGUGACACAAAAGGCUGGUUGAUGAUCCAAUUUCCAGCAAGAAAACAACAGAAUCUCUUUGAAGUUAAAUUAUUAAUAGUUUUAUAAGCAUCUUUCUCAAUUUUACUGUAAAGAAUGCUGCUGCUGCUGCUGCUUUCUGUUUGUUUGUUUGUUUAAAGCUUGGUGUUUUUAGCAUAAAGGAAACCUGGUUGUUGUUGUUGACGUUUGCUUAUUAGUAUCAUAUUAGAACAUGAAUCAAAAUCUUGAAUACAAUAUAUAUCUCAGAGUGAA